AUGGCAUCUAGUGGCUCCGCAGCGACUAUAUUCAAGUCUGACGUCGCAGUUGAGGCCGUAAUAACCUUAGUUCUAAUCGAAAACUCGCAAGAAAUGGUCCCUGCUUGGGGAAAUCUGCGAGGUCAUUACUUACCCACGCUCCUCGGCUCCAUGAGGGCGGCAAACCCUGUCGUUCCCAUUCCAGUUCUCUGGUUGACGACUGCGCCGGCUGGAGGCGAUUCCUCGUCACAGUCUGCGCCGCCCAGACAGUUUAACCAACUUCCGGACCUAAAAUUCAGUUUCCAAGCCGGAAACAGAGUCUCUGCUCGCAUCAUUAAUCGUUCGAUAGAGUUGAUGCUGGAGGCCGGAGCGCGAUUCCCAAACGGACUCGUAGCCUUCCACCUUAUCAUCGUUGCUGCCUCACCCCCGCUGGAGGGCACGUGGAACACGCGUCCCACGUUUCCUGUCCCGGCUGGCAAGUCGGAAUGGCAACUAAUGGCGGAAAAACUGGCACAGAAUAAGAUCUUUUGUCACAUGGUUCUUUCUUCCUCACAAAAUAUGGGGUCUUUAGAACAACUUUUCAUCGCUAAUAUGCAACUUCAAAACCACCAGUCUGUAAAGCCUUGGUUUUCGCCAAGCGUUGACUAUUCUUUCUACUUGUCUGCAUGUCACGCUGCACGACCUCGACAAAUGUCGACUAUCGUUACGAGUGUAGAGCUACCCACACCACCAGUGAACAAGAACCUAACCUCCCCGUCACGACCGCCUGUUCAUCGUCACCAGACCUUCCCUCUGGAAGCUAUGCGUUCCUCUCCCGAAGCGCCUCUCACACCUCAGGGUGUCGCCCCUCCAAGUUUAGUCAGUUCGCUGCAGAAAAUACAUGGAUUGAGCAGGAAGAAAGUAUACGGCACUCAGACGCCAAGGCAGCCAUUUUGCCGUGAAGAACCUGUGCGAGCCAAGUACAGACAAGCCCCGACGCCUCUAUCCAUUCCCGUCGGUUCAGAUGACAAGUCUGGAUUGAAUAAGAGCGGCAUCGGCAAAAUUCGAAGUCCAGAAAGGACUUCGAGCCCUUCUGAUCCAGUUUCUCUUGCCCGCCGGAGUCCGAGGCAUCAUCGAGGGAUAUCUCCGUCUGACACGAAAACUAUCCCAGCAUUGACAACGCCUCUUUCCACUCCCCACGGCGCCCCACCGGUGAUGGCUGUUUAUCCAGAAUCUCCAGGGUAUAUGACUAUGGCCUCCUCAUCCGGUUUCCCAUGUGUAUCAAUGUCAUCACCCAAUACCCAGGUCGACUACCCAGGAUCCGGGAUCGCUCUGACGACCCCUGUGACCAGUGUCUCAUCCCAGCAGCCUUCUUCGUCCGCGUCGUUGUCUACCUGGAAUGCAACACCGCGGUAUACGGACGCUGGUGACGCACCUUUCCUCUUUUCUCCUGAGCUCGAGGCUGCGACAGCCGCAAAACUGCAAGCAGCUCUCCACUGUUCAUCGUUGAGCCAGCCUUCGUUUGCGCCAGGUGACAAUCAUAUGAUGGAUGGAGUUUGUGCGUUGGAUUUUCUUCCCCCACAAUGUGGCUCACUGAUCUUUCUUCUCACCGUCCGCGGUUCAUAA